AUGGAACACCAGCAAACAAUCUUCAAUCUCUCACUCGUCUGCAAGAGAUGGGGAUAUAUCGCACAGAAGGUACUGCAUCAUCAUUUCGGCUACUUCGAAAAUCACCCAAAGGCAGAGUUCUUAUUCUGCAGGACUCUUUCUGAGAAUCCGGAGCUGGGAAAGCAUGUCAAGGACAUUCGAAUAAGGCAACUCUCUGCAUGCGAUCCGAGUCUUGAUGAAGAAUGGCUCGCAAAGUCGUUGGAAAAGUUCUCAGGAGUUCUCGAUUUUCCAGAAGUGUCCUCCGUGCCAGAUAUCUCGAAACGGGGAGAAUUCAUUGCGCCCCUUAUUUUACUCCAAGUCCCGACUCUCGAUAGGCUUACGAUACAGACCGAACACUUGAAUGAGACCAUGAGAAAGUUCCGUACGCUCUUUGUAGGGAAACAAUGUGUUGUCCCUCGAGGUAUCACCACUAUGCGUGUAUUACCACUCAAGUACGAGGACCGCAACACCAACGGAUCCACAGAUCUAUCUGAAGCCUGUGUGGGAGGACUCUUAUCGGCUUCUCCAGGAAUCCGCGACAUGACCUUAUUUAACCCCAAUGGAGAGUCACUUCGACCCGGGCUGAAUCUGUCCGGUUUACGAGCUCUGAGCUUGUGUUCUAAUUUGAGUCGUGAAGAACUGCGACUGCUCCUGUCAUCUACAGGGCCAUUGGAGAUAUUUACCUAUUUUAGCUUAUAUUUUGAUGGCGUCACUCUCCAGGAUAUAUGCGAACUUCUAUUACCUAAGAAGCACAGCUUGAGGAAAAUACGUUUGGACACUUCAGAGGAAUCCCAGCACUUCACAACAGCCAAGCAUCUUACCAAUGUGAGCGAGAUGGGAUUGCUAUUCUCGGGUUUCUGGAGUCCAACGGACGCAGAGCCAAUUCUAGAGAAACACGCAUUACUAGAUGUAUUCCCACCCAAUCUCUCCGCACUAUGGCUCUAUAUCUCGGAAGAUACGAUUCCAGGAGCUCUGGACGCUCUGGUAAACUAUAUCUUGUCGACUGUUCGAGAUCCGCCUGCGGAACAAAAGCUACGAUAUGUCUUUAUAUCUGUCCGAACAGACGUUGACAGCGAGGCCUCAGAAUUCCCUUUGGCUACAAACAAAUUGGUUUGGGAGGAAAUCAAGAAAAGAUGCCAAUCUUUCCUAAGAAACGGGAGGAUGAUCAUGUUUCUCAAGUGUCGGAAGACCAGACGUGGAAGGCUUGUCUCGGAUUAG